AAUAUUAAUGAAAAGAUGGAUCACAUCGUGUUCAAGUUAAAUGGAAUAGAGCAUAAAGCUGACGGUAGAUACAGCCCGGAUUUCACCCUAAACGAGUACAUCAGGACCGUAGCCGAUAUCCGAGAUACUAAAGUCAUGUGCAAAGAGGGCGGUUGCGGGGCGUGCAUAGUGUCUGUAAGGGCCUCUUCACCCCCCACACAUGAGAUUAAAACUUUCGCCGUGAAUUCUUGUAUGGUAUCCCUUUUCUCUUGCCACGGGUGGGACGUUCGAACCGCGGGAUAUAUAGGGAACAGUUUGAUGGGAUAUCACGACAUACAGAAGAGGCUGGCUGCUUUGAAUGGCUCGCAAUGCGGUUUCUGUUCACCAGGCUGGGUUAUGAGCAUGUACAGCUUGUACGAGUCAAAUCCAAAACUAACAGUAGCAGAAAUAGAAAAUGCAUUCGCUAGUAAUUUAUGCAGAUGCACUGGCUAUAGAUCUAUCGCGGACGCAUUUAAAUCCUUCGCAAUUGAUGCAGGCGAUGAUAUAAAACAGAAACUAAUUGAUGUAGAAGAUUUUGGUAGCUUUAAAUGUGAUAAAAAAUGCAAAGAAGGUCAAAAGGAAGACGAAAAUGAAAGCAUGUGGUGUAUUAUUGAGAGAGCUGAAAAUAUACCAAUCGUAAUAACUGGUGAUGGAUUUAAAUGGUACAGAGCUAUAAAUUUGAAUGAUGUAUUCAGUGCUAUGGGGAAUGGAGAAUAUAAGUUAGUGGCUGGGAAUACGGGACAAGGUGUUUUCCGCAUCAAGGAAUAUCCACAUAACAUAAUAGACAUAUCAAAUGUAACGGAAUUGAAGGGAUUCGAUAUAGACGUUAACCUAAUCUUAAGAGCUGCUCUCUCAUUAACUGAAAUGAUGUUAAUCAUUCUGAAGUUAUCGAAAGAAAAUGAGGACUUUUCAUAUCUGAAGGAGUUGUGGGAUCAUAUGGAUUUGGUUGCACAUAUACCAGUUCGAAAUAUUGGCACCAUAGGUGGUAAUUUAAUCUUGAAGCAUGCAAACAAUGAAUUUCAAUCAGAUCUCUUCGUACUCCUUGAAGCGGUUGGUGGGAUGAUUACUAUAGCUGAAGGCGUUGGGAGAUAUAGUAUAAUGUCUUUAAUGGAUUUUCUGAAGACUGAUAUGAACAAUAAGGUUAUAAUGAACGUUUUAUUACCACCUCUAUCUAAAUACUGCAUUUUAAAAACUUAUAAGAUAAUGCCCUGCUCGCAAAACUCGCGUGCGAUAGUAAACGCAGCAUUUUUAUUCAAAUUUCACCACAGCUCACAAAUUCUCUACAAAAUGUCAAUCGUAUACGGUGGUAUUUCACCACAUUUCGUACAUGCUGUUAAAACUGAGAUGGCAUUGAUUGGUAAAGAUCCUUUUACAAAUGAGACAUUGAAAAUAACUUUAACAAGUUUGUCGGAGGAAAUAAAUCCUGAAGUUAUGGAAACUGAGCCAUCUGUAGAUUAUCGGAAAAUGUUAGCUCUGAGUCUUUUCUAUAAGGCCAUUCUAAGCUUAUCACCUGAUGAUAAAAUAAAUCCCAUAUAUCGUUCCGGGGGUGAUGUAAUAAAAAGAGAAGUUUCUAAAGGCAAUCAGUAUUACGAUACUGAUCCGUCUAUUUGGCCGCUAAAUAAAGCUAUACCGAAGUUAGAAGCAUUAGUACAAUGUAGUGGUGAAGCUAUAUACGCAAAUGCUUUGCCAAAGUUAAUAAAUGAAGUGUUCGCUGCAUUUGUACUAGCUGAUACAACUCCAGGAAGUAUUAUUAGUGAUUUUGAUACCACGGAAGCUUUUAAAAUCCAAGGCGUUGUAGCAUUUUACACGGCUAAAGAUAUACCAGGAAAAAAUACCUUUACACCAAGUAACGUGCCUCUCAUGACAGCUGACGAAGAAAUCUUAUGUAGUGGAAAAGUUUUAUUUAAUGGUCAACCAGCUGCUAUUAUAGUUGCAAACAGAGAAUUUACCGCAAACAAAGCUGCUAAAUUAGUUAAAAUAAUUUAUUCAGUGGUUAAUAAUAACAAACCAUUAAUUACUAUAGACGACGUUCUGAAAUCCCCUGAUAGUAAAUCAAGGGUUAUAAAUAAUGAUUCAAUAAAACCCAGUAAUUUAGGAAACGAUGUUAAACAUGUGGUCAAAGGAGAAUUUAAAACAUCAGAUCAAUUUCAUUAUUACAUCGAACCACAGACGUGUGUCGCAAAACCAAUAGAGGGUGGAUUGGAAGUACAUUCUGCAACGCAGUGGCUUGAUCUGGCUAAUGUUGCUAUUGCUCAAUGUUUAAACAUUCCAGUAAAUAGUAUAAAUGUAAUCGUCCGUAAAGUCGGUGGUUCCUAUGGCGGUAAAAUAACGCGAUCAGCUCAAAUAGCUUGCGCCGCGAGUCUGGUGGCGCAUCUACAGAGAAAACCAUGUAGAUUGGUUCUAUCCCUUGAAACCAAUAUGCGGUCGAUUGGAAAGAGAUUGCCGACACUUUGUAAUUUUGAGGCGGGUGUAGAUGGAAAAGGUGUCAUUCAAUAUCUGAAGAAUACUUUCUAUCAAGAUAAUGGCCAUUCAAUUAAUGAAGUCAUCGUCCCUCUAACAGUUAAUCAUUUCUUUAAUUGCUACGACACUCAGAGGUGGGAAAUAGAUGCAAAUACCGUGUUGACCGAUAAACCCUCAAACACUUGGUGUCGUGCCCCAGGUUCAACUGAAGGCGUGGCAAUGAUAGAGAAUAUAAUGGAAAAAAUUGCAUAUGAAAUAGGACAAGAUCCUAUGCAAGUAAGGAUUGUAAACAUGAUCCGUGAAGACAAUCCCCUAAUAGACAUGAUUGAUCAGCUAAAGAAAGAUUCUGAAUAUGAUGCUAGAAUGAAUGAAAUUGAAGAAUUUAAUAAAAAUAACCGUUGGCGAAAAAGAGCUAUUAAAGCAAUGCCAAUGAAGUAUGAUGUAGGUUACUUCGGGAAUUAUAAUUCAAUUGUAUCAAUAUAUCACGCUGACGGGAGUGUCGUGAUAAUGCAUGGUGGUAUUGAAAUGGGACAAGGUCUUAAUACAAAGGUAGCUCAAGUAUGCGCGUAUACACUCGGAAUACCGUUAGAAAAAGUUAGUGUACAACCAUCCACAAGUUUCACUUCUCCCAACACUAUGACUACUGGUGCCAGCAUUGGUAGCGAAUGUGUGUCAUACGCGACCAAAAAAGCAUGUGAAAUCCUACUAGAUAGACUGGCUCCUAUCAAAGCGAAGGGAAGUUAUACUUGGGAAGAGCUAAUUGCUGAAGCGUUUCAUGAAGAAAUUGAUUUGCAAGCUUCUUACAUGUAUUCUGCUAUGAAAAAUGAAGUAAAACCUUAUGCAGUGUAUGCAGUGUGUAUUUUAGAGGUAGAAAUUGAUAUAUUAACUGGAAACCAUAAUGUGAAACGAUUGGACUUACUCGAAGAUGUAGGCAGGAGUCUAAGUCCAAUGAUAGAUGUGACACAGAUAGAAGGCGCUUUUGUUAUGGGACUUGGAUAUUGGACGCAAGAAAAUCUGAUAUAUGAUCCCUUAUCAGGUAGAUUAUUAACCGAUCGCACGUGGUCGUACAAACCUCCAGGUAUAAAAGAUAUCCCAGCAGAUAUGAGAAUUUACUUCUGCAAAAACUCUAAAAACGAGUUCGGUGUGCUACAAUCUAAGGGUACUGGGGAACCUGCACUGUGCCUAGCUUCAGUAAUCAUCCAUGCGAUACGAGACGCAGUGCGCUUCGCUCGCUUAGAGGCCGGCCAUCCAGACGAAUGGCUGCAAAUUGAAAACCCGUGUACAGUCGAAAAUAUUUUUAUGGCUAUGGAGCACAAGAUCGAACAUUUCAAGUUAAUGUAA